UAUCCGCAGCCUUCCAGUCGCCACCUGCUCUUCCAGGAGCCAAAACCGCUGCCGAGCCAUGGCCUCAGAGGACUCUCUCAACAUCCCCCCAGAAAAUUCAGAGUUACUUAAAGAUAUUAUGGAGCUGCACCAGAUCCACGUGGAAGCCGUGCCUGCGGAGACCGUGCCUGUGGAGGCCGUCCCUGUGGAGACCGUCCCUGUGGAGACUAUGUCGAUGGAAACCAUCACAGAGUACGAGAUUAUCAACGGCAGUUGGGUCCACGGAGGCCACCACCAACCACCUCUGAUCGCGCUGCAGCCGCUGUUUACCAGCAACUCGAGCCAAGGAGACCACGACCAGGACAUAAUCAUGGUACAGACGCAGGAGGAAGUGGUGGGCUACUACGAGUCAGACGACCUGCAGGCCAGCAACAAUUUCGACGACCAGAUGGUCAUCCCGCUCGGUGAAGACGACGAUUUCCAGCAGACUCUGGCUUCCUUGGCAGCUUCAGCGUCGUCGUCAGCGGUCAGCCACAGCAGGAAGCGCGGCAGCCAAAGCAAGAAGUCAAGCGGUAAGAAGAAUUACACUAAUAGUGAGGCCCACGGGGGAAGUAGCAGCUCUGAGAUUGGCAGCAGGAAGUGGGAGCAGAAGCAGGUGCAGAUCAAAACCCUGGAGGAUGAGUUCUCCGUCACCCUGUGGCCCCCAGAUGACCAAAGAGACCAGGAGACAGGGAAGAUUGAGACAUCAGCUCCUGAUUAUUCAGAGUACCUGACGGGGAAGAAGCUUCCUCCUGAAGGACUACCUGGUAUUGAUCUCUCAGAUCCUAAACAACUAGCAGAAUUUACUAAAAUGAAGCCAAAAAAACCCAAAGAAGAUGCUCUAAGAACAGUAGCUUGUCCUCAUAAAUGUUGCGAGAAGAUGUUCAAGGAUAACUCUGCUUUGCGAAAACAUCUGCACACCCACGGUCCUAGAGUCCACGUAUGUGCAGAAUGUGGCAAAGCUUUUGUCGAGAGCUCCAAACUAAAACGGCAUCAGCUGGUGCACACUGGAGAGAAGCCCUUUCAGUGCACAUUUGAAGGCUGCGGAAAACGCUUUUCCCUGGAUUUCAAUUUGCGUACACAUGUGCGAAUCCAUACCGGAGACAGGCCCUACGUGUGCCCCUUUGAUGGUUGUAAUAAGAAGUUUGCUCAGUCAACUAACCUGAAAUCUCAUAUCUUAACACAUGCUAAAAACAAAAACAGCCAGUAAGAAGGGAAGACCCUUCUCAAAGUUGGGAAGUGUCUUCCAGGAGCAUGAUUGAAAAUGAAUAUGCCACUUUUGUUUAUUGUUUGUAGGAAAUAAUAUUUUUAUUGAUUCCUGUAUAUAUAAGGGUCAUGUUUUGAUAGAGUAGUAAAAAUAAAAGUAAAAAGUAAAAUAUAUAUAUUUAAUAUAUAUACCUUUAUAUAACGUUGUUAGGGUGCUAUAUCUUGUUCUGUAAUACUAUUUGAAAAACAGUGUUUUGUAAAGUUUGGUCCCAACAAGGAUAAUUUAUGAACCUCACAUCAAAAGAUGGUUCUUUAUACAACUCUUCUAAAAAUGGGACUUCUUUUCACGUUUUUUAAAAUACGAAGUUCACCUAUUGCUCACAAAUUUUUAAAGUUGUGUAUUUUCCAAAUGUUCAUAUUUAUAGUUUUAGAAAUAUGUUUAGUAAUUCUUUGUAUGGUUUUUCUGAAGGUUGAUAACUUUGCUUGGAAUAGAUUUUCUUUAAAACAAUGAACAGUAACCUACAUGAAGUAUUUUCCUGUUUAAAAAAAAGUUAUGUAGGCUUUGUGUGCUCUUAAUUUUGGUUGUAUUCUUUGAUGUUAAAACAUUUUUCAUAACUAUCUUUUAGCUGCAUUGAUUUAUGUAGUAUUGAAUAUUAGAUGUGACUUAAUAGUCAAAUUCAAUCAAUUUUAGUCAUUUUAUUUCCCCAAAAUACUGCCAGGUGGUGUUUAGUAUAACUUCUUUGCAUGUUCAGUUAAGAGAGUGGUACUUAGUUGUAGAAUGUAUUUUGUAUGUAUUGACUUUUAACACUUGAUAACACUUUUUAACAUCUUGUGUAAUAGAAGAAGCAGAAAUAAAAUAACCUAAAGAUGGAAAAAAAAACUUGUCUGUGUAAAUACCAUAGCUAGAAAAUAGAGAAAAUGGGCAGGUUGUUAGUGGCAUCAGGUGGAUAGAGGCUAGGGAUGCUGCUAAACAUCCUACAAUGCACAACAACAUGUUCCCCACAACAUAGAAUUAUUUGGCUCAAAAUGCCAAUAGUGCUGUUAAAAACUCCUGUUCUAGAAAAAGUAAAAGAACAAAUAUUCCUUUGGUAUACUUAUAAACAAAUCAUUAAUGGACAACAUGUUGUUUAAAUAAAGGAAACAUGUGUUGUACCACCCUUCUUGCCACUUAGCCAUCAUGGGCAAAUCUGGAAUCCAGAGGGGUGAUCUCAUACCAGCUGCGUCCCUGACAAGUCCCUGACCAGAGAUAAGAGGCUGCUCAGAAAGUCAAGAAAGCACGCUGACUGUUGUUUGGGUGGGAAAACAGCAUGGUCUGUGCUAUGACUGUGUGGUGGGACUAUCCUGAUAAGGGAGUGAUGGUGAGAGUGCAAGCAUCUAGGCAGUUCUGGUAGAGCUGGGAGAAAGCUGAAUUUAACAUAAACAUAACAGUGGCAAAUGUAAUAGGCUAGGGUUGUGGGGGGAGGGGUGGAAAAUGGAUAAUUUUGUGAAAUUGUGUUGGGACCAGCUACUUGGUGGGGCAGUGGGGAGGAGGGCGGUUAUAGCUGUAUCCCUAAGUUAGUUUCACUAGAGAGUAAAUUCCACUAGGCAAAAACAAGUUUU